CUCUGCCUCUUUAUCUUUCUUAUCUCCGCCUCUCAUCUCACGUAUCCACCGUAAAACCCUAAAAAAAACCCUAAUCCUCUUCCUAUUCCAUUCGUCACUUUCUCCAAGUAUGGCCAAAAAGAAGGUGUCCCACCCUCAAUCCCAUGACCACAAUUUACAUGAACACGAUGCCCCUCAUCCUCACCAUCACACCCCACACUCCCAUUCCCACCAAUCUACUAACAUGGAUGAUCCUAGUGAUCAGCUUGAGAAGCUCAAGAACCUCAACUCCCUUCUGGUCAAGGAGACUGCUGAACGCCGCCAGCAAGUUGACUCCCUCACUCAGGACAAAGAGGCCCUGGAAUCGGCCUUCAGUCGUUCUGCCAUGGAGAAGAGAGACCUGGAGUUUCAGCUCUCUGAGGCGGCAGACGGUAAUGCGAGCUUGCAUUUGGACAAAGCCGUGGUUCUUGUUUAUGUGCAGACCCAGGUGAGGGAAAUGGGUUUUCGCUUCCAUAAGCUUGUUGCUCAGAGAAAUGAGAUAGAGUCUGCUAAGUCUGAGAGGGAUGCCGAGAUUGCUAUGUUGAAAGGAGAACUGUGUAAGCUUACGGUUCGUCUUGAAAGCGAGAGGGACCAGUUAAGUAGGCUGAGCCGAGAGAGGGAUGAUUUGAAAGUUGAUUUUGACGGUAUGGUUGACGAGGCAAACCGAUUGAAGGAGAGAGUUAUUGAAGCGGAGAAAGCAGAAAGCAGGCUCAGGAGCGAUCUUGAGAAGUUAAGGGUGGAAGGUGAUAAGUUGACGGAGGAGAAAGAUGAGAAAGAAAGAGCAAUUAGAGAAUUGACGAAAGAAAGAGAUUUUGCUCUGAGGAAGUCGGCAGAGUCUGCCAGGUUGAUUGAUGAGUUAAAGGGAGAGAUUGGCGUAAUUAUGAGGGCGAAGUGCGAGACCGAGGAGCAAAAACAUGCACAAGAACUGAAAAUCAGUGGCCUGGAGUUAGAGCUGAAAAAACUCAACGAGUCUCUGAAUAAUAGUCGGGAGGAAGAGGCGAUUAUGCGUAAUAGCAUUACUGAAUAUGAAAAGAGUCUUGGCCAGGCGUUCGCAGAGGUAAAGAAUAUGGAAAAGGAAAUCGAUGCCAUGCGGAAGGAGAUCAUGGGGAAUGAACAGAGCAUUAAGAUGUUAACUGAGCGAAGAGAUGGCUUACAGAAGGAUCUGGAUAUGGCUCAAAAAGAAGUCGAUAGGAAGCAGCACAUUAUUGAUGAUGCAAUUAGAAGGAAAAACGAGACUGAGCAGGCGAAAAUUGGCCUGGAGAAUGAAAUUGCUGGGCUCAACAGAGAAAUGGAUCAGCUGAAAGAUGCCAUUCACAAGUUGGAACUGUCAUGCAGAGACUUAGAAGAGAAGAACAAACAAUUGCUUUCUGAAGUUGAACGCUAUGGAAGGAUUGCUGACGAAGCCAUUUCUGAGAGGGAUAAUAUCAGGAAGGGAUUUGACGAGGAGAAAGAUAAAGUGAAGAACUUGAUUUUGGAGGUUGCUGAAAUGAAGAACAAAAUUGAACAUACUGCAACAGAGUUAGGAGAGAUGAGAAGUGAGAGGGAAAAGCUGAUUCAGAGGAAUGAGAUGAUGGAAAGCCGUGUGAACACUUUAACGAAGGAGAAGGAUGUACUGCAGGAGAGCCUUUUGGAUGCUCAACGAAACACUGAUGAUUUAAGAGCUAAGAUUGAAUGUUCAAGCCAGACGCUGGCACUGUUGAGGAGAACUGCUGCGCUCGUGUGCCAUUCUAAAGAUGACGAGAAUGUAGAAGAAGUGGUUUUGACUGAGAAGCUUGAUGAAGAACUUGUGCCAUAUGCCGAAGAACUGGAUGCAAUAAAGAACGCGUUCAAGAACAAGAAUAAGAUUGUGGAAGACAUGAAGCAACAACUUGUAUCGCUUGAAAACUGUGCAGCUGAGGCACAGAAAAGGAAGGGCUUGUGGGCUUUGAUCUCUUCUGUGACUACAAUUUUCGCUGCGGCACUAGCCGCAUACGCCGCGAGAGCACGCUGAAUCAUCUUCAAUUUUCUGGGUUCUCACACAAGCCUCUCCGGUAACAGCAUCACAUUAUGAGAAUAAAAGGAAGAGUGAGGUCGUCGGGUCCUUGUGAGGGUGUGGCCGUGCGGAUAAGGGAGCAUCUGUAUUCUGCACAGUGGACAUGCAGGAUGCAGCAACGCCGCAGACGGGCUUCUGACUUUCAAAACGAGCCGUUAUGAUUUGCAUCCGCAUUCGGGACUCCAGAGUCAUCACACAACGCCUUUUUUAGCUUUUUUUAAUUAUAUGUAUAAGAAUUAUUGUUAAAAU